CAACCGUAUGUACUCCAGCGUAGUUUACAGCAAUUAUUUACUUGUAGUGGAGAUGGUUUCCACGCCCGCACUCUCCUUGGGCUCAGCCUUGGAGAAACACAAGGUACUGCACAAGAGGGAGAGUCAUACAGAAGGGGGCCAAAUUUAAUGGCUUCAUUUCAAUGUUUUGCCCCUUUUAUUCUUUUGUUACUACUUGCUGGGUGCUCUGCAAGGCGUGUGAAACCAGUCCCAAACAGGAGAAAUGAUAUAAACAAGCAGCCCUUGCAAACAUUUCGCGCAUAUAAUAUUGCACACCGAGGUUCAAAUGGAGAAAUUCCUGAAGCCACUGCUGCUGCAUACAUGAGAGCUAUUGAAGUAGGUGCUGACUUUAUUGAAACAGACAUCUUAGCUUCAAAAGAUGGUGUUCUUAUUUGCCAUCACGAUGUUGUCCUUGAUGCUACAACUGAUAUAUCUAACCACAAGGAGUUUUCAGAUAGAAAGAGGACUUAUGAUGUUCAAGGGGACAACACCACUGGUCAUUUUGUUGUUGAUUUCACGCUUGAAGAAUUGAAAACCUUGAGGACAAGGCAAAGAUUUUCAUUCAGGGAUCAGCAGUAUAAUGGGAAGUUCCCUAUAAUUACAUUUGAGGAGUUCAUAUCGAUUGCACUUGAUGCCCCAAGAGUUGUUGGAAUAUAUCCAGAGAUUAAGAACCCAAUUUUCAUUAACGAACAUGUUAGAUGGUCAGGUGGUCAGAAAUUUGAAGACAAGUUCAUUGAGAUGCUUAAAAAAUAUGGAUACGAAGGUUCUUAUAUGUCAAAGGAGUGGUUGAAACAACCUGUUUUUAUUCAGUCAUUUGCUCCAACAUCUCUUACUUACAUUUCCAAUCAGACAGACCUGCCAAAGAUCCUUCUUAUAGAUGAUGCUUCAUCAUACACGCAAGACACAAACCAGUCAUAUUUUGAUAUCACAUCAGACAGUUACCUUGACUUCAUCAAGGACUAUGUGGUGGGGAUUGGGCCUUGGAAGGAUACAAUAGUCCCAGUGUCUAGUAACUACCUGCAGCCAUGUACGGAUCUUGUUACACGAGCGCACAACAACCAUUUGCAGGUACAUCCUUACACGUUCCGCAAUGAGAAUAAGUACUUGCACUUCAACUUCAGCCAAGAUCCAUACAAUGAGUAUGAUUACUGGAUAAAGCAUAUCCGUGUCGAUGGACUCUUCACAGACUUCCCAGGCAGCCUUAACCAGUUUCAGGAGUGGACUGAUCCCUUGGCGGUAGGCAGAAAUGAAGAGCCGGGGCUACUAAAUAAGGAUUUUCAAUGUUCUCAAAGUUCAGAAUCUUGUCUUCUUAAAACCUUUGUCCUUCAAGCCCGGUCUUAAAAGUUUGGAGGUUUUCACAAGUUCUUUACAGAGUAAAUAAACACUGUUGUUCCAUGUCUUUGUAAUAAAUAUUCAUUACUUGUACACGGGUCAUUACCUAUGAGUUGUAAAUAGUGUUCCCAUACGUUUUAUUUGAGAAAAGUGUUGAAUUGGUACAUUAAGUUUCUCCGUGUAGUACAUCAACAAGCAACUGACACCCAAAAGUACCUAAACUUGUUUUUUUGAGUUGAA